AUGAUUACCGAUUUCUUACAAAGUUAUCCAGAGGCUAAAGUAGGUAUUUUAGUUGCAGCUGUUGCAGCCAUAUUGGGUCUAAAGUUAUUGAUUGGAGGUGGUCCAUCAAAAGAAUCCGAACAAAAGAAAGAGUCAAAAGUUGCUCUCGACGCCAAAGAAUAUAAAAAGUUCCCACUUAAAGAGAAAUUCAUUGUAAAUCAUAAUACUAGAAUCUUUAGAUUCGGUUUGCCACACCCAAGCGAUCGUUUGGGUCUGCCAAUCGGACAACACAUCUCGGUGCGUGCCACCGUCAAUGGCAAGGAAGCAUACCGUCCAUACACCCCGAUCUCAUCGGACGAGGAUCUCGGUCACUUUGACCUUCUGAUCAAGGUCUACGACAAGGGUGUCAUGUCGGGCUACAUCGACAAGAUGUUCAUCGGUGAUCUCCUCGAGGUUCGUGGACCAAAGGGUCUCUUCAACUACGAGCCCAACAUGUUCAAGAACAUCGGUAUGUUGGCUGGUGGCACCGGUAUCACCCCGAUGUACCAAGUCAUCAAAGCAAUCUUACGUAACCCUGCCGACAAGACCAACAUCUCGUUGGUAUUCGGUAACAUUGCCGAAGAGGAUAUCCUCUUGAGGAAGGAACUCGACGAGUUGGCUGCCGCUCAUCCCGAGCAAUUCAAGCUCUUCUACGUACUCAACACCCCACCAAAGGGAUGGUCGCAAGGUUCCGGUUUCAUCACCCAGGAAAUCAUUCAAACUCAUCUUCCAGCGCCAGCCGACGACACCAAGGUUGUUCUUUGCGGUCCACCAGUCAUGAACAAAGCUAUGACCGGUCAUCUAACACAACUUAAUUAUCCAGAAUCCGCCAUCUUUUCAUUCUAA